CAAUUCGCUAGCGAUAGCCAACAAUACACCAAUUUGCAAGAUCACCUAAACUUCUCCACAACCGUCUCUUAACCAUACAAUGCAACAACUGCCAAAGCAGCAAUUGUACACUUUCUGCCGUCCACCAUCUGUAUCGGCUUCCUCAUUUGUUUCCCGUUAUCCGCAGCAGCACCUCUGUCCAGGGUGUGUUUUCAUGCCACGUUCGCUCCUGUCGACUGUCUCUUUAAGCCUGCAUCUUCGAAAGAAAGCCAAAAUGUUGCAGCAUCCGGUUCCUAGAACUCAGAGCAGACAGGCCUCUACAAAGAUUGGGGCGGACAAAGGAGCAAAGGUCUUGAACCUCUCGACAGUCAAUCAAGCGGUUGUCGAUUGUGAAUAUGCAGUCCGUGGCGAACUGGCCAUUCGCGCCGAAGUACUACGUCAGCAACUUGCGACCGCACAACCAAGAUCUUUACCGUUUGAGCGUAUCAUAUCCUGCAACAUUGGUAAUCCACAACAAUUGGAGCAGCGACCAAUCACUUUUUUUCGGCAGGUUACUUCUCUGGUGGAGUACCCUGAGUUACUGGAUGACAAGAACAUAUCUCUUACCCGUCAAUUGUUUGCCACGGAUGCAAUUGAACGCGCCAAAUCUCUCCUGCAAGCCAUGGGCGGAAGUGUUGGUGCUUACAGUCACUCUCAAGGAAUUCCUCUUGUUAGAGAGAAUGUUGCAAAAUUUAUCGAAGAGCGUGAUGGGUACCCGUCGGACCCCAACGAUAUAUUUUUAACUGCAGGGGCAAGUCCUGGGGUGCAAACUGUUUUGCAAACCCUUAUUGCGAACAAUCAAGUUGGGAUCAUGAUACCAGUACCCCAAUAUCCAUUAUACACUGCAUCGAUUGCCCUUUUUAAGGGUAAUGCGGUACCAUAUUACCUGAAUGAAGAAAAUACGUGGGGUUUGUCGGUGGAAGAGCUUGGGAGAUCGAUUGCUGCUGCCCGAGAAGAAGGACUUGACGUCCGGGCUCUUUGUGUGAUUAAUCCCGGAAACCCAACUGGUGGAUGUCUGACGGUGGAUAACAUGCGGGAUGUUAUUGACUUCUGUCAUCGAGAAAAGCUUGUACUUCUUGCCGACGAAGUGUACCAGAAAAAUAUUUAUCUCCCUCAGGACUUUCCGUUUCACUCCUUUAAGAAAGUACUGAAAAGCAUGGGUCCUGCGUACGGAAGCGUGGAGUUGAUAUCCUUCCACAGCGUGUCAAAAGGCGUGGUAGGAGAAUGCGGUCGGCGAGGGGGUUACUUCGAAUGCACCUCGAUUGACCCUCAGGUGAAAGAGCUCUUCUAUAAGAUUGCCAGCAUUUCACUGUGCCCCCCUACGCAAGGACAGCUUAUGGUGGAUUUGAUGGUCAAUCCUCCCCGCCAGGGCGAUGCAUCCUACGACUUGUAUAAACAAGAAACAGAUUCCAUUUACGAGUCAUUGAGAAGUAGGGCAUCCCGUCUCGCUGAUGCAUUCAAUCGACUGGAAGGAGUGAGUUGCCAGCCCGCACAGGGCGCGAUGUAUCUUUUUCCACAAAUCCUAUUACCGACAAAGGCAAUUGAAGCCGCAAGGACAGCAGGCCAAGAGCCAGACGUAAUGUACUGCAUGGAGUUACUUAAUGCAACUGGAGUGUGCGUCGUACCGGGAUCUGGUUUUCAUCAAAAAGAGGGUACAUGGCACUUUCGAUCCACCUUCCUCCCUCCGGAAAAUCAAAUGGAAAAUUUCAUUCAAAGAAUUUCGGAAUUUCAUCAGGAGUUCAUGGACCGUUACCGUUAGAGUAGAACCUGAGCGUGCUUAUUCAUUUUCCCCUGGCAACUGUUAAAUAUACACGACAUCACACCCUCCUCCUUGCAAA